UGUUUCCGGGUUGCAUUUUCUUCAUCAGCUGAACUUGUUCUGAGGAAUGAUGGCCGGAGACCCUGUUCUGUCUCUCCGGGUCUCGGAGAUCAAGGACCCGACAGCUCUGUUCGAGCGUUACAGCACCGAGGAGAUCCGCCGGGUCGAACGCAAAGUCCGCGGGGAGAUCGAGCAGAAGAAGGAGGAGUUGAGGCAGAUGGUCGGGGAGCGGUACCGGGACCUGAUCGACGCCGCCGACACUAUCGGAGAGAUGCGCCAGUGCUCCGAGACCUUGGUGGAGUCCAUCCAGGACAUGCAGCAGUACUGUCACACGCUGAAGCAGGGCAGAAACUGCGUUGGAGGCACCAGGCAGGAGAACCAGAGACAGUGGCAGGAGAAGCUCUAUACCAUGGCCUCCCAGAUCAAGCUCCUCCUAGAGAUCCCAGAGCGCAUCUGGAGUGCUGUGGAGGCCUCCCAGUACCUCCAAGCCACCCGGCUGUACCUGCUGUGCUGCCACUUGCUCAGUCUGCUGCAGCUGGAGGCUGCAACAGGGGGGCAAUAUGGCCCUGUCCUAACCCGCUUCCCCAUCCUGGUCCGGCAAGUCGCCACCACCGGUCACUUCAGGUCAACCAUUCUCUUGGAGAGCCGGUCUCUGCUGCGUGGCCGGGCCGUGUCAGACCAAGCUAUCGCUGAGGCCCUGGUGUCCACCAUGCUGUUGGAGGAUAGCUCACCACGCCAGGCCGUGGCUGACUUCCUGUUGGCUAGGAAAGCCUCCAUCCAUCAGCUGUUGAACCAACCACAACAUGGUGCAGGGAUCAAGGCUCAGGUGUGUAGUCUAGUGGAACUGCUGGUCACCACGCUCUUCCAGGCCUAUGCUGUCUUCUACAUUCCUCCUGAGGGGGUACCCAGGCCAGGAGAGGGAGCCCUGAGCUGUAGUAUGCUCUUCUCCACCCUGGAGAAUGUAACCUCUUCCACUCCUACAGGUAAAGGGAGAAAGGUGCUACAGGAGGAGUGGAGUACAGGCAGCUGGUUCAGGUAUCUGCCUCCAUCCAUCACUGAGUUUCAGCCCACCCUAGCUCUGCCGAUCCAGACAGAGCAGCUCCGGGACACCCUCCAGCAGUGGAUCAAUACCUGCAAACAGGACAUUUGUCAUGGUGUUGGGACACUUUUGGUCUAUGUGAAGAGUCUUAAGGGUUUGGGGGCCAUUCGAGAUUCUGUCUGGGAUCUUUUAUCCACAGACUCCAUCAGUCAGCACUGGGGUAACGUAUGUCAGCAGCUCCUAGGGCGCCCCCUGGCUGUGUGGGAGGACUUCUUGCAACAGCUCUUCCUUCAGCGCCUGCAAACCAUCACCAAAGAGGAAACAGAAGCCAUUGCAACAAUCUCGGUGCAGCUCCUCACCUCAGCUGUGAGGGACCAAGAGGGCCAAACCAUCCAGUCCUCCACAGGUAGCAACCCUGUCUCCAUUUCUGGUGCUCAGUAUGAGGUGGAUGUGGCCUCCUUUCUGUGGUCAGAGACUCCAGGGGACCUGCUGAGUGAUGCAGCCUGGGUCAAUGUGCCCCAGCGGUGCCAGAAGCAGCAGCAGAGGAGUGGCCUGGCUAUGAAGACACAGGCACUGACACCUUGUGUUCAGAACUUCUGCUCCUCUUUGGAUGCAAAGCUUAAAGCCAGGCUUGAUGACCUCCAGCACUAUCUUCCUUCCCAAGACACAGGAUCCAACUCCAUCUCAGCCACAGUGUCUUCUUCACAACCUCCUGACUCCUCUUCGAUUAACCGCUACACGGACUCCUCGGCAGUGGAGGAAGCUCUCCGUGCAGGCUGUGUGACCUGUGUUCGCCAUAUUCUUUCCUCCAUCCGCUCUGAACUGGACUCUGUUCCAGCCUGUCUCAGCUCUGUCCUUUUCAUGGCCAGGUUGUGCCAGUCUGUGGGUGAACUAUGUCCCAGCCUGAAGCACUGCAUCCUGGGAAAACAGAGCACAGUGGAAGCCCCAGCAAAGGGGACCCCAAGACAGGGCAAGAAACUGGGCAAAUCCAAAGCUGCCACAGAGGUCAGCCCAGUGCAAGCCAAGUGGGCGGGGCUGAAGGAGGAGCUUCUUGGCUGCAGCAUAGAAGCUUACCGCAUCUGGAGCUCCGCCCUUGCCAAAGGGCUGGUGGAAACAUUUGGUGCAGCUUUGCUGACAGAGUCUGCUGGUGCAAUUCUGACGACUACAACAAGUUGGGAAGAUCUGGAGAUCCAAGAAGAGUCUGAAGCAGGGAACAGCGUCACAUCUAAAAUCAGUCUUCCAGUUCAGCCAUCUUGGUUUGUGCAGUCUUUGCUGUUCCAGCUUUGCGUGGAGGUCAACAGAGUGGGGGGUCAUGCCCUUCCCCGGCCGACCCUGCAGGAGCUGCUUCAGGCCUGUCUUGUUCAAGCUCUGCAUCACUAUGACCUCCUCACAGAGCAAUCACAGGACAGAGAGGGUGUCCUCCCCAUAACUCAGAACCGAGCCUUGCAGUUGUUGUUCGACCUUCGAUACCUCCACACCACACUGAGCAGCAGACUGGAGGAGGGCAAGACCUCUAGAUCCCAGCAAGACCCAAGAUUCCACAAGAUCUGUGAUUGGCUGGAAAGCUUCAUUGACCCCUUUGACCUGGAUGUUUUUACACCUCCACUGAAUGCCAAUCUCAACCGGCUGUCCCAGAGGACCUCGGUGCUGCUUGGGCUCCUGACUGGUUCUGAGAAGCAGUUUGCCCCACGAAGCAGCACUGUGAACUCUCAGGAACCUUACAACAUUCUGCCACUGGCCAGCAGUCAGAUCAGGUUCGGAAUAUUGCCUCUCAGCAUGUCAAACACGCGGAAAUCCAAGUCCUCCUCCAGGGGGCCGGACGUUUCUCAGAACCUGGCUCCUCAGUCCUCCACAGCAGGAAGUGAGAACAGCUUCCAGCCGGGCAGUCUCUUCAGACAGCUCGCUCAUCAGGAUGAGGACACAACAUCGCCAUCUCUGUUCAAGCUCAGCUGGCUGUCGGGCAUGGCCAAAUAGCCCUUUAUUGUUUUUUUAUGUUGGCGUUGGGGAUUUGUAUAGUAAAUGAUCUUCUGAGAUUUGCCUCCUGUGUGAUUUCAUUGGUUUUACUCAACCACAUCAUGCCUCUAUCGUUUCAGAUUAACAAUGCAGGCAAUGAAUUGUAUGCUCUUCUUAAAUACAUUUUAAUACCUUCAGUCUUUGGCUUUGUUAAAACUUGUUUUAUUAACCAAAUAAAUAGCUCUCUCUGCUGUUCAAACA